CCGGCCCUUACUUUCCUCUGCGUCUAAUCCCUCGGUGUUCUCACCGGCGUCCGUCAGCCUCUCUAAUCUGCUGGACGGCUUUAGGAGGAGAAGCCUCGUCACUCGGACUCUGCCUGAUGAUAAACACGGAGCUGGUCCUAACGUCGGCUCGGGCUGGAGAUGUGACGUGGAGUGAAUGGCCCCUCGUACUGCAGAUAUGACUGUGGAGGAUCCGGUGGGCCGGUGGGGGUCCAGUCCUGUGGCGGAGGUCAAGUUCAUCCCUGAGCCUGCGCUGGAUGAAGAGCUCCACAGCAGCAGCCAGGAAGUGAUGUGCUAUCACGGAGACACGCCCACUGCGGAGUGUGUAUCCAUCACAGACAGUGAGGACCAGUUUUGCAGGAUCUGCCACGAAGGCCGGGCGUCAGGAGAGCUGCUGUCCCCCUGCGAGUGCUCCGGCAGCCUGGCUUCGGUGCACCGGAGCUGCCUGGAACAGUGGCUCACCGCCUCCGACAGCGGCCACUGCGAGCUCUGCCAUCACCAGUUUGUGCUGGAGCGCGUGCCAAAGCCUCUGACUGAGUGGUGGUGCUCUCCAGCCAUGCAGCAGCAGAGGAGGACGCUGUGCAGCGAUGCGGCCUGCUUCCUGUUCAUCACGCCGCUCGCGUCUCUGUCGGGCUGGCUGUGUGUUCAAGGAGCCAUGGAGCUCUACUACACCAAUGGGACGGAGGCCCUGGGACUCCUGGUGCUCACUCUGGCUCUCAUCAUCAUCUAUGUGUUCUGGACUGUGGUUUCUGUGCGCUACCAUCUGCAUCUCUUCAAAACCUGGAAGACGACUGACCAGAGAGUUCGACUGUGGGUUCCUGUGUCGGCGCAGACACCUCCUAACCAGCAGGUGGCGCCCAUAAACUUCCUCAGCAAAGCCAUCAGCAAGGAAACGAUGGUGUAGGUGGAAGUCUGCACAGCUCAGGACGGAGCUCACGACCCCAUGAACUUUUACACCACAAAAGACUCAAUGACUCCUUUUAUUUUCCUCUGUAUGUUUAUUAUCCUGUGUUUUGUGUUGGUGGUAAUGGCAUGGGGGAUGGGGGGGAUGGGGGGGGCACUGGAGCAGAUCAAAACUGCUUUGUAGUUAAAC